AUGGAAGAACGAAAGUGCAUGCGCACCAUCUCUGAUGAAGAAGACCGCUCCCAUCAUGCCGCCUGCCAGCUGCGACUUCGCGACUCCGCACGUGACAACCAGCGCCUUCUCCUUCACAGUGGACGGGACCUUGUGCGAACGGUCCAACUGAACAAGCAGACAAUCCAGCAUACAUGCUCACCAAUCUCCUGGUUCCCAGUCGAAGCUGUACAGCUUGUAUUCGAACAUGUUCUCUACAUCCUGGAGACCGCCGCCUCCAGCACGCGCACGGCACGCUGGCAUGCAUGGGUACGCCCUGUGCUCGGGCUGGUCCUCCUCCCUACGCGACUGUCCCUCGUAUGCCGCUUCUGGAGACAAAUCGUGCUAAAGAUGCCCCGGUUGUGGGCACACGUCGCUCAUCUGGAUUAUAGUAUGACAGUCGGGCACAAGUGGGGAAGAUCAGGCAUGGUGGGAAUCUCGCUCUGGGCGAACACCUCGUGUUGGGCUUAUCAAAAGGGCAUGUCGCCCUCGAUCGGCGCAAUCGCUCUAUUGCAACAAGCACAGGAUCGCUUCCAGCGAUUCCAUCUGCAAGAGAUCAGCUCGAGCGACGUCAUCGAUCUACUUUCCUACCGGUUCCCCAACUUGCUGGAGCUGCAUGUUUCCUUCUGUCUGGACUUCGAACCCUGCGUAUUGAUGAACGUGAUUGAUUACCACUACAAUGGUCUACGUGCACUAUCCGUCUCUUCCAGCAACGCGGCGUUGCAUACGGAACUGAAUCACUCUACGAUCCUCAAGUACAAACCGAAAUCAGUUGUCUCUCUUCCUUUCCUGGCGUCGCUCCAGCUCGCAAAUGUACCAUACGAAAUCACCAAGUACACCACAGCACGACUAGUGGCACCCAAACUCAAGGAAGUCACAUUACUGCUGGACGAUUUCCCGGAUGACACUUUUUUUCAACGCUUCUGGAAGGAGGAUCUGGCUGACGUACAACAUUUACUACUUGGCGGCUGCCUCACUCCCGAGUUGGUGCAGCGUUUCCUCGUGUCUUCCCAUUCACUUCGCACACUCGAGCUGAUUAUAAGUCAAGACCGAUCGUUUUCAGACUGUGACCAGAUCAUAUCUUUACUUGACCUGCACGCAUAUUCUGAAACCUAUGCGCCACAGCUUGAGGCACUCUCCCUUGGAGGUAUGAAGGUCACCUCGGCCGUCUUACAGCGCAUGAUUGACUCAAGGCUUGCUGCUCCCGAUUCCCUCUUGCGGGUGGUGCAACAUGCAGCCAUGGAAUGCGAUAGCGGAAGACCUUUGCAGGAUGCGAUCGACUGGCACGAAAUUAGACUCGUCAAGUGGAGGUCGGAUCUGAUCAAUGAUGCCUCCUGGAUUGGAGGCAGCAAAGAAACCAGCGAAGACUGCCGAGACUUCUCUUUGCCUGCGGCCUGA